AUGUCUGCCAACACAGCCAACAUUAUCGUAUGCGUCGGUGUCGCACUACUGGGCGCCGCCUUGGCAUACUCGUUUGCUUCUUCGAACUCUCGUCAGCGCCGCCACCCGCCCGGUCCAUACGGAUAUCCCUUUAUAGGCAACAUACGGGUUCCUGCCGAUCCUGCAUGGAAAACGUAUCGCCAGUGGAGUGACGUUUAUGAAUCAGACAUCGUCCGGAUCAACGUCCUCGGGACCAACAUCGUCGUGACGAACACGCUGCAGGCGUCGUCCGACCUGCUGGACAAAAAGUCUGCGAUAUACUCUGACAGACCCAGCUAUGGGAUGACGAUGAUGACCGAAUUAUGCGGCUUCGGCUGGAGCAUCGGCUUGAUGCGAUACAACGCCUUCUGGCGCGACGCACGCAAGGCGUACCACCGCGAGCUGCACCCGCAGGCCGUACAGCGCUUCCGCCCGAUCGUGGUCAGGUCGUCCUACGAGCUUCUGCGGAACCUGCUCCGCGCGCCUGAAAAGUUCAACGAGCACCUCCGGCACGCCAUGGGACGAGAGCUCCUCUAUAGCGCAUAUGGCAUUGACGUGCAGGAGAAGGACGACCCGAUCAUCGCUACCGCUGAGCAUGGGCUGGAGUCUGCAGUUGCGGCGAUGAACAUCGGGCAGUUCUUAGUGGACCUCAUACCCGCAUUGAAGUACGUGCCAGAAUGGUUCCCGGGGGCCGGCUUCCAAAGGCAGGCCAAGAUCUGGAAGGCGUCGCUCGACAGCAUGCUACACGUUCCGUUCAACGCGGCCAAGAAUCUGCUGGCUGCAGGCAGGCUGCCAGAUGAUUGCGUGGCAAAAGCCUUGCUCACAGACACCGUCCCAAAUGCCGUCGACCCGGCGUACAUGGAAGACGUUGUACGCGCCGCGCUAGGGACAAUGUAUGCAGCUGGUAUGGAUACUACGUUCUCAGCUCUGCAGUCCUUCUUCCUCGCCAUGGUGCUUUACCCCAAAUUUCAGCAGAAAGCCCAGGCGUUUAUCGACCGAGCCUGCGACGGUCGCCUGCCCGACUUCUCCGAUUAUCAUUCUUUGCCAUACGUGCACGCUAUUCUGAAGGAGAUAUUGCGAUGGAAUCCGGUAAUCCCACUCAACCUUGUCCACGUUUCGACUGAGGACGAUGUCUACGAUGGUUACGACAUCCCGAAAGGGACUUUCGUUCUCUCAAACACCUGGUAUAUCAACCUUGCCUCUGUAUCCGCAUGGCACGACGCUUAUCACUUCGCCAGGGCAAUCCUGCAUGACCCUGCCGUCUACAAUGCCCCAGACACCUUCAACCCCGAGCGCUUUCUGCGCACCAAUGCCUCAGGAGAGCUCGAGCUCGACCCCGCCGUCCGCGACCCUAACGAGGCCACCUUCGGCUUCGGGCGCCGCAUCUGUCCCGGGCGUUUCCUGGCGUACGAGGCCCUGUGGCUGGCGGUCGCCUCUGUUCUGGCGGCUUUCAGCAUCGCAAAGGCGAAGGAUGAGCACGGCGCGGACGUCACGCCCGACGCGGAGUACGAGUACGGCUUCAUGAUCUUCCCGAAGCCGUUCGGCUGCAGGAUAGUGCCGCGCUCCUCGGAGUGUGAGAGUCUUGUCGGCGCGACCGCUGAGAGCGAGUGAGUUCGCCACAUCUACGAUACGACAUGUCCGGGUGUAGUGCCGUCUAUUCGGCGUCGAUUGCGUUAUACCACUCUGCGAUGGACUGUCCUUGACGGGCGUGGUGACCACUUGAGUGGCUCUCGCAAUGGGUACUUGCCCCUGGAGCCAGAACGCACCGGUCCCGAUUGGACUCGGCGGUGCUAGGAGGUCGAGCAGAAGUGAGCCAAUCAGAGGCAACGGCCACGUCAUUUAUUUUCAGCGCUUUGCGAAGGACUCGCAAGCGCCGACAUUGUCAGAGUCUGGGCUUCGACAACGGCAACGCGGCGAGUCUACGCCCUUUGUCAUAGUCUUUCAUCAUCGCCCUGGUCUUAUCG